AACCAAGAAACAUUCUUUUCGGGGGCGGGGGUCCUUUUCCAGCUGUGCUGGCCUCCAAACGGCGGGAAAACGAAUAUGCUUUGGCAUUUGCGGCGCGCCGUGCGAUCAGGGGAGAUCGGGGCCGUUGACUACUAAAGCUGACUAGGACAGCUAGCACGCCAGGUCAGCUUUUUUGUCCCGCCAUUCACAUGAAUGGAGGCUGGUCUCUUUCCUCUUAGUCCGAUAAUCCCCAUUAGUAAUGAUUAAUCACGGCUGGGCAUCCAGAGCUUUUUCCUCGUGCCCACCGCGAGGAAAAAGGUAUCCAUGCCUCAAAUCGGUGGCAUAUUCAUUUCUCGUUAACGCCGUCGCUCUCAGGGUUCUCUCCAUUGCUCCAGCCUCCUCCCUCUCGACGACGCCUCUUGCUCGCGGCCAUGGCCUCUCCACCCCGGCGCUAGCUAGAUUCGUCCUUCUUGCGCCGAAAUCCAUCGAUUCUUCGAUUCUUUGCUGAUAUUUCGAUCGAUCGCGGCUUGUGGGGGCGAUUUCCAGCUAUGGCGCGACCGGCAUUGCUCCUCAAUGCUGCAUUGGUCGCAUGCGCCUUGGUACUAGUCGCCAGAGCGGGAGAUCCGUACCAGUUCCACGACUGGAAUGUUUCUUUCGUCAACACAUCGCCUCUGGGAGUGAACCAGCGGGUAAUCGCGAUAAACGGGCAGUUUCCGGGUCCCGAGCUUGAGACCACAACGAACAACAACGUCGUUAUCAAUCUGCGCAACAGUUUGGACGAGCCUCUGCUUCUUACCUGGAAUGGAUUGCAACUGCGGCGAGAUUCAUGGCAAGAUGGAACGCUUGGAACGAACUGCCCAAUAAUGCCCGGACAGAAUUGGACUUACCAGUUCCAAGCCAAGGACCAGAUUGGAACGUUUUCCUACUUUCCAUCCUUGCUUCUUCAACGAGCGGCUGGUGGCUACGGAGGGAUUCGCAUCCACAACCGAGCAGUGAUUCCUGUUCCAUUUGCUCCUCCUUUUGCGGAGCUAACAGUUCUUAUCGGCGACUGGUACAAGUUUAAUCACACACAAUUAAGAGCUGCGUUGGAUCGAGGGGAGAUGAUUGGGAAGGGGGAUGGCGUGCUUAUCAAUGGACGUGGUCCUUAUGGAACAACCUUGACAGUACAACCAGGCAAAACUUACAGGCUUAGAAUCUCCAACGUGGGGAGCGUUUCCUCGCUCAACUUUAGAAUUCAAGGCCACAAAAUGAAGCUGGUGGAGACGGAGGGAUCCUACACGGCUCAAGCACUCUACGACUCACUUGACGUUCACGUUGGCCAGUCCUACUCGGUUCUCAUCACCACUGAUCAGAGUCCCAAAGACUUUUAUAUUAUGGCAACUUCCAGGUUCAGUCUCCCAGAGCUCACGGGUGUUGCAGUUCUUCACUACACAAACUCUUUCUCGCGUGUCUCUGGUCCCUUUCCAGCGGGACCUGCUGUGGGUGAUAUAAACUUCUCGUUUAAUCAAGCACGUACCAUCAAGUGGAAUCUGACCGCUGGCGCCGCGAGGCCUAAUCCACAGGGGUCUUUCCACUAUGGACUUAUCAACAUCUCCAAAACAGUAAAGCUCGCAAACUCGGCCCCGGCCAUCAAUGGAAAACAGCGCUUUGCUGUGAAUGGCAUCUCCUACAUGCAUCCAGGAACUCCAUUGAAGCUGGCAGAUUUCUAUAAGAUCGGAGGAGUCUUUUCUCCCAACUCGAUCCCCGAUUAUCCCGACGGGCGGAGUCCCUAUAAUGGUGCGUCGGUGCUAUCUGGCACGUACAGGUCGUUCAUGGAGAUCAUAUUCCAGAACAACGAGAAUCCAGUACAGUCCUGGCAUAUCGAUGGCUAUGCUUUCUUUGUGGUCGGUAUGGGACCAGGGGACUGGACAACUUCAAGCAGGCUAACUUACAAUCUUGUGGAUGCGGUUGCCAGAUCCACAGUUCAAGUGUAUGCCAAGUCGUGGACUGCCAUUAUGCUGGAGCUGGACAACGUUGGCAUGUGGAAUGUGCGGUCUCAAAAUGUUAUAAGGCAGUAUCUUGGACAAGAGUUUUACAUGCGGGUGGUCAAUCCGGAAGAUCCCAAUGGAAUCAACGAGCCAAUUCCUCAAAACGUCUUGCUUUGUGGCAAGGCAAAGAAGUGAGAAAGUAAAAAAGGAACCAUAUUCUUUUGCUGGGAGAUAUAAUUUGGAGCCUCAAGUUUUUCAUUGA